AUGCUCGUCUUCACAAUCCCACUCGCAACAGCCCUAAUCUACAUAACCCACUCAGCCUUCUCCUUCCUCUCCAACCUCUACCUCGUCUGCAAAACAUGUCCCUCUCUCCCGCGUGUUCUCUUUCCUGUAUCCGAAGUCAAUCUACUCUAUCUCGCGCUCUUUGAGUCCCGCUGGUUCAAUCAUAUCCGUCGGUACUGGCUACCCACCAGUAUCGCGGACUACAUCGCGGAUGCAGCUUUUAGAGGCAGAUGGGACGUCAAGGACCGACUCGCAAGGAAGUACGGCGGUUUCUACCUCUUUGUUGCGCCGGGAUUGAUCAGUUGCCAUGUGGGCGAUGCGGAGGUCGUGAGCCAGGUCGUUAAGGAGAGAAAAGGGUUUGUCAAGCCUGUUAAGCAUCUGGAGGCGUUCGAGAUGUAUGGACGUAACGUGUUGACUUCUGAAGGAAGCGAAUGGGCUUAUCAUCAUCGGUAUUCCGCAUCCGCAUUCAGUGACAAGAACAACGGUCUCGUCUGGCAGGAGAGUGCCAUCCAGGCGCAGGAGAUGCUAGCGUACUGGGAAAAGAAAUUCAACGCUUCUAAUGGAAGCGAUAGGUUCACAGUUCCAGAUGUACGAGAGGACAUCCUCAAGCUUUCGCUGAAUAUCAUAUGCAGUGCCGGUUUCGGGGUUAGGCUCCCCUAUAGACCAGCGACAUCAGCCACAGCUGAGCGCGACAAGGAUAGCGCGGAGGACUUAUUCAGAGAUGCAGCCACCCCCGCGUCAGGGUACCAUUUCACGUUCCGUGGCGUUAUGGAGUAUAUGAAUCGAUCUAUGAUGUCUGUCUUCAUCGCAAAUGGAAUCCUGCCGAAGUGGAUUCCGCGCAUGUUAGUGCCCUUCUUCAAAACCGAUUUUGCGGCACAUGAGGACCUAAAGAAAUAUUUGCAUGCGUUGAUUGAGGUCACCGAAAAUUCUGAACAUGAGAGGCAUAACCUGCUGGGAAGGCUUGUUGCCGCACGAAGAGAGGAACAAAGUGUACGGUGCUCUGGCUCUGGGCCUGGUCUCUCCAAUGCAGAGAUUCUAGGUAACACUUACAUAUUCUCGCUUGCGGGCCAUGAGACAACAGCGACAACCAUGCGAUUUGCGUUGCCUCUACUUGCUAUCCACCAAGAUGUUCAAGAUAGAUUAUAUAAGGAAUUGGAAGAGGCUUUGCGUGAUCAGCCCGCUAACCCGGCUGAGUGGGAGUAUUCAACGGUCUUCCCGAGACUGGUGACUCCACUGUGUAUUAUGCUUGAGACCCUUCGUUUGUACCCACCGGUUGUAAGUAUUCCCAAAAUGACGACAACGCACAUGGCGGAAAUUACCUAUAAGGGCGAACGGCAUUGCUUGCCCCCAAAUGUGCGAGUCAAUCUCAACGCCAAUGUUCUCCACUACUCAGAAGCAUACUGGGGCCCAGACGCGGACAGUUUUGAUCCUCGUCGUUGGGACAAACGCAACGCUGGUAGUUUUCUUGCAAGAAACGCCAGCGCUAGAGGGCUUUCUGGGCCAGGGCUGGAGUCGCCUAACGUUCACAAGCCUGUCCGAGGCGCAUUCAUUCCUUUCAGCGACGGCUUGAGGGCAUGCAUGGGGAGGAAGUUUGCCCAGGUAGAGUUUAUUGCUACACUCGCUGUCAUCUUCCACCGAUAUCGAGUGACGCUGGUUAGAGUGGGACAGGAGACCGAAGAUGAUGCAAGGAAACGGGUAGAGAAAGCUUUGCGUCAAAGCUCAACCUUGAUCACAUUGGCACUGGGAGGUGUGGUGCCGCUAGCUUUUGUGAGAAGGACGGGUGUAGCUGCGGAAGACGACGCUUAA